AUGCCAAAACAUUUGAGACAGAGCAAGUCAGGGGCGUGUACCGAAUGCCAGUGUUCUGGAUCUGCGCCGUGCGCGUACUGCGCUCGGAGUAAUAAGCAAUGUAUCUUUAGUGGGCCGCCUCAACGCACGCCGUUAACUCGACAAAACCUCGAUGAACUGGAACACCGAUGUCGCGCGUUGAGGAGGCUGCUCCAGAAACUGAAUCCUGACUUGGAUGUUGAGCGUGCUUUGAAACAGAUGAACCGAGAUGAGCCACUAGCAUACGUCAGCAAUAGAGGCAAUAGCAGUAUAACUGAAGACAACCCCGCCACACCAGAUAGAUUUGACUGGUCCGAAGCCUCCCUGGUCUCGCCGGCAGCAGAGACGUACCAGUCCCCAGAAGAGGGUCCAGACGGAAUGGCCUCGCUGCCGAGCAGCAAAUGCGAUACGGGAUACCUUGGAACUGGCUCGGGAUCUAGUCUAAUGGAAACCAUCUCCCAUUUGCUUCCCGCACAACCGACAUUGGCUACUGAGGGGGAACGCAGUACUUAUAGGAAGUCUGUUGGACCUACAAAUAAGGGCCGACCUGAUAGUCUGGCCUUGGCAAGGUCGCUGUCUGACACCGCUACCACAGCUCGUCUCAUUGAUGCUUACUUUCUAUCGUAUAAUCGCGCCUAUCCCAUCUUACACGAGCCAACAUUCCGCGAAAGGUACCACCAUAGACACCAGAUCCAUGAGGCCUCCAGCUGGCAUCCGAUCUUCUAUACGGUAUUAGCAAUUGGGAGUUGGAUAACAGGGGCCGACAUGGAGCCGGACGCUUACGACUUCUACGCUGCGGCUCGAUCGCGUAUGUCAUUAAGAAUGCUAGAGGUUGGAAACAUCCUCACAGUCCAGGCAUUCCUGUUAAUGGGUAACUACUUGCAGAAGCGUGACCGUCCUAACACCGGCUACAACUUCAUUGGCAUAGCAUACCGUAUGGCAUUGGGACUCGGCCUGCAUCGCGAGCCCCAGUCGGGAACGAAGCAUGACACACUCCUCCACGAACGGAGACGAGUCUUGUGGUGGAUUGUAUAUAGCUUCGAUAGCGGAUUCAGUCUGACCACUGGCCGUCCCGUCAUGGCCUCCGAUUCAUUCAUCGAGACUCGCCUGCCACGGAACAUAGAUGACUCGAAAUACUCUAUGGACUCAACCGUACCCGCACCAGUUGACCAUCCUACGCACUACUCUGCUGUCAUCACCCAGUCCCAGCUUGCGUCCAUUAGCAAUCAAGUCUUUCACGAGCUAUUCUCGGCUACUGGUCACCACCCGUUUGACAUGAAGCUUCCACGGGGCAUAGAGCAUCGCCUAAAAGUGUGGAGGCUAUCCCUCCCCGCCUACUUCUCUACGCAUAACAUACCAGACUGGUUCCGCGGUCCGAGAGCGGUCGUUCUGUGGAAAGAGCAGAAUGUCCGCAUGCUGCUCUGGUGGGGAAGUCACCGAGUAUGCAAUUCCACGGCGGACCGGAAUGAAGCUCUAAAUGCCUGCGAGUACACCGCGAUGGAGACAAUCCAGAGCAUCAGUGCCUUUUGCAACGAGAGCCCUGACGCUUUACAUCCUGGCUUGACUUGGUACGCGACGUACUUUCUAUUCCAAGCAGCGCUUGUCCUGAACAUCUUCCGUCUCCAAGAACCUUCAGUUCAAGCACCGCACAUAGGGAGAACCACUGAAGAGUUAUGGCUACUGUCGGUUACGCGCGCGCAUGAUUGCCUUGGCUCACUGAGUCAAUCGAGUAAACCCGCAUCUCGAUGCCUUGAAGUGUUAGAGAGGAUCAAACAUUAUUGCCAGUCACGACAACCCUCUUCACUGCCAGUGACAACAUCAGCGACAGGAGCUCUUCCGAACAUUACUUCCAUCACCGGAAACACUCUUCCUGACCUCCAACCAGCAACCUUUGCGGCAGAUCCCGCAUUGCAGAUAUUUCUGGAAAACACCUCCCUCGAGACGGAUCCGUUCGAGGGAAUCGAGGGGUUUCCGGGUACACAGGAGCUGGAGCUGUUUGAUUAUUUGCCACUAAGCGGCUAUGAACUGGGUGAGGGCGAGGGAUCAAUGCUUUUCACUUCUGGGACACAUCCGCCGUAA